AUGGUGUGUCUGGAGGAGCAGAAGGUUAUUUUUGGUACACACAGUCUGGUAGAAGAAGCUGAGUAUUGGUUGGAGAACACUCGCCAAUGCUUGGAGGCUGAAGGCCAAGUUGUGACCUGGGAAACCUUCAAGAGGGUAUUUAUGGAGAAAUACUUUCCUAAAGAUGUUAGGAAUAAGGAGAUGAAGUUCCUAGAGCUCAAGCAGGGGAACAUGACUGUGGUUGAAUAUGCAUCCAAGUUUGAGGAACUAGUGAGGUACUUUCCUCAUUACCUAGGAAGAGAUGGUGAAAGUUCAAAAUUCCUAAAGUUUCUGAACGGCUUGCGGCCUAAGGUGAAGCAAGUUGUGAACUAUCAAGGUGUCUAUUAG